AUGCAAACAGAAUAAAAUAUUGAAGAGAAACAAGAUUUAAAAUAUGGAUAAACCUAACGAAUAGAAAAAGAAUAGAGAAUUACCAAAUAAAAACUAUUUUUUUCAUCAAGAUGCAAAUGGAUUACUUUUUCAAUUACUCUUCUAUCUAUAUCAGCGGUUGCCACAUUCUUAGCCAUUUAUCUUACAAAAACUAAAACUAAUUUAGUUCCAACAUUAAAUUAAUAUCAAAGAGAUGACUUCUAACAAAAAGAUCAAAUAUGUGUGAUUAGUAAAUCAUAAGAACUUCAUAAUUGCACUGAAAUUCACUUAAAUACAACUAGAGUAACCACAGAUGUUAAUCAAUAAAAUGCUACUAGUUUAUUGAUUUUGUAAGGUCUAAAAAUAAGUCUAAACCAAUAUAAUUCUGAUGGAACAGUUCAAUCAUCAGAUUUAUUAGAAUAAAAUAUGAAUAUUGAAUAAUAACUUUAAAGAUUAUUAAGAAGAUUAGAUUCUAAUAAUAAUUAAACAAAUAAUAAUAAUAUUUGUGAAGGAAUUCCUGAGAAUGAGUGUGGUGAUGUGAAUGAAUUACCUUUACUUACAGUAAUAACUGAUUAAUAAACAGGAGAAGUGUAGAAAAUAGGUAUUCCAUCUAAAAUGUCUGAUUUGUUUUUAUAACCACUUUUAUCUAAUAUAAUGCAUAUUUCACCUAAUUUAGAAGAACCUUCUAAUAAUACUAUUAAUGAUGGAAGAAGAAUUCUAUAAGAAGAGUUUUCCAAUCUUUAUUAUAUAGGUAAAUAAGCUUUUUAUCCAAAAACAACCAAAAAAGUAUCUUGGUUUGGAGGAACUAUAAUUAGUAAAAAAAUAACAAAGUAAGAUUUAAUAGAAAGUAGUUAAGCAGAAGGUAUCAAUUAUUUUGAAAAGUUUGAACAAUCUUAAGAGACUGGCCUUGAUAAUUAUAAUUUUUUAGUUUCUUCUCGUAUAUCAACAAGUUCUUUAUUAGAUAAUUCAAUUAAAUAACUAAAUUAGGAUGAGAAUACUUAAUAAGAAAAUUUUCAAACUGAAUUCUCUGGAGAUUCUAAUUUAAUAACUACAGAGACUAAAUAAGAUUCUGAUUUGAGUUAAGCUCUUGAAGAAAUAUAAGAAUAUUAAACAAUCAAUUAUUUUUUAAUUCAGGAAAUUUAAAAUAAAGUAUUUACCUAACCAUAAAUUGAAAAUGAUAAAUAAGAUAUAUAAAAUGAUUUAGAAAAGUCUGAUGGAAAUAGAUUACUUCAGUAUAAUGGAGAAGCAACUAUUUAUAAUACAAAUUAGUAGUCUUAAACUGGAGCUUGUGAGGAAGAUGGUUUUAAUUUUUAUACAUCAUUAAAUAUUAUACAGGUUGAAAUAAUGAAUUAAAAAAUAAGUUAAAAGCUUGAAGUAUCAGGAAAUAGUAAAAAUAAAUCAACUGAAAUAAAUUUCAAUUAAUGUGUUGCUUUGAAUAAUGAUUGUGUUAUUUAGUUGUUUUUUUUAAAAUUCUAAUUUGAACAUCCAAAAUUCAAUCAAAUUUAAUUUCAAAAUAAAAAGCGGUUAUUUAAAGAAAAAAUUAAUAUAUUGCAAUACGGUUUUGAAAUUUUUGCUGAUAUGAACUCUUCUUUUAACUUUGAAGUUCUGUUAGUGAAUUCCACCACCUAAAAAGGAUUUAGGUAUAAGGCUUUUAUCGAAUUGAUUCUUAAUACUUAUGGAGAGCUAAAUAUUGUGGAUGUAAUAUCUAUUAGAUAAAGUACUUAUGGUACAAUUUUUAAAGGAGACGUUUCUCGUUUUUUGGCAUUUAAAAAAAGAACAAUAACUAAAGAAGAAGAAUCUAUUAUUAGUAAAGUUCCUGAUCCAUCAACUUAAUUAGUUAUGAGAGAAAUAGCCUCAAUCGAUUAUACAAAAUAUUUUUUUUAACAAGAUUACAUGUUAGAACUUCUAAAUUUGGACAUUUAUGCACAAAAAAAAUAUCCUAUUUUUACUAUGAAAAGAAAAUGUUGGAAAAUUAUUAGAAAAAAGUAUUGUAUUGAUAUUCCUGUAAUAACAAUAUCAGAUUGGAAAGAUAUAUUUAGAAAAAAUUAUCAAAAAGCUAAAUUUUAAGAUAGAUCGGUAUUUUAUACAUUUAAGUCCAAAUGCUAUGAGGAUAAUUGA